GAAGAAGACAAAGACCAGCGAAGAAGCCGGAGGCCGUAAUGACGUACGAUACAAAUAUACAAUCUAGCUUACUACUCAGUAGAAGUGUAAGAUAAACUUUUUAAAUGAGUACUGUAGAGUCGCUGGACUUAGUUUUACGCUCAGUAAAUGUCGCUAGGCUAAGGAAGAAAAGGAAUGAAUGAUGUCAUCAUCAUCAGCUCUGACUCUGACAGUGAUGAAUCCGGUUUGGAAUUUGUUGGCUCUUACAGCGUCUCUUCCGCCGAGCCAGAAUCCACCUCGGCGGUACUCGUUGGCGUCCAAGACGCCAUCAUCAACCCACUUAUUCCGACUGGGGAGAGAGACUCAACAAAGGCUGAUCCAGAAGUGAAGUUGCAUGAAAAACGAACAGACUUCAGUGAAACUUUGACAAAGAAGGCCAAACAAGAGGAGAGCGUACUAAAAAGAACAUGGAAGCAUGACAGCCAAGAAGACCCAGCGUUCACAUGCAACCAUGCACAAGAUGGGAUUACCAUUUCGAGGAGGGGGAUAGAAGACCUGACUGAUGCAGAGUCAAACAGGUUGGAUCAGCUCUCCCAGAGCAAUCGUGUUGACUCUCCCUGGUCCAUAUCAAAAACUGAAGACUUGGAAGACUCUUUAACGUGUGGGGAUGAAGCAGAGAAAGGCCGUCUCAAAGACAGUUAUCAGAAUGCGGAUCAAGUUGAAUUCAGGGGAGGCCAACAAGAAGAGGACAACAUACCAAAUAGAACAUCGGAAUAUGGCACUUUAAAGCUUGAUUUACAUGCACACAAAUCACCUAGGCCGGACUGUGUUAAGUUGAAGCCAAAUGUGGAAGUGCCAUCUGUUCAUUUCAAACAUAUCCCGAAUCACCUAAUACCCAAAAAACUUCCUUUCGUAGGGACAGGAGAAACGGAAAGCCCACAUUCAGAACAGGACGGUUCUCUUUGUUUCACAGCGAUUGCCACCCAGAGGUUAGAGUGUCCGGGACAACCACACGACACUGCAUUGUUGGGGAACAUACCCUCUUCAUUCACCCCUGCCUCAUUUCACACAAGCAACAGCCAAGAAGACCCAACGCGGGUCACAUGUGACCGCGCACAGGACAGGCCCACCAUUUCAAGGUUGGAGGUGGAAGAUGGAAUUGACGUGGAAUCAAACAAGUCUGAUCACCUGUCCCUGAGCAAUCCCGUUGACUCUCCUGUGUCCCUUUCCAAAAGUGAAGAUUUGAAGGCCUUCUGGGCAAGUCGUGAUGAAUCAGAGUGCGACAGUCCAACGUAUUUGAUGUGGCAAAGAGACAGUGAUGGCGAAGGGAACGCUGAUGUUGAGUACAGGGACGCCAGUCAGGACGAACGGCAUUUUGUUUGCCCACGUGCGUGCGAGAAAAUAAUGGAUGGAUUAGCAAAUACCCUGAUGCAUGAGGAAAAUAUGAACCGUGACGAAUCAACGGUUGACUGCCACCAAAGCCUCAGCUUAGUUUACGCCACCAUGUAUGAGAAGUGCCACGAAGGCACGUUGCAGCUUUUGUCGGACCUCCUACAUCCCGGUUGCCGUCUUCCCCAAGAUGUCAUGUCCCACCUGCUAAAUGGCAUCCUGCUGAACCCGCUAUGUCCGCCUCAAAUCUGUGUGCAGGCCUGGAAUCUGCUGAUGAGGGCACAAAGACACCACCUGGUUGAUAAAAACACAGUUCCGUGGAGCUGGGAGAUGUUGACUGCAGUCAUGUCCACUCAGGAAGGGAAAAAGAAGCAUCACCCAGCGGUGGUGCGCAUGCUCCUGGAGUAUAUUGUGCAGACUUUGGAGGAUGACUUCUCUCACAAAAAGUCCACGUCUGAACUCCAUCAAUCCAUCGCAAGAGCUACAUUGUCGUGCAAUCAGCACUUCCAACAAGUACAGGAUGUCAUUAAGUGGCUGUUUUCUUCCAUUAUCAAAUCGACUGAAAGUGAGAAGACUAGUAAAGUUGCUAGAGAAGAAGAUGAACAUAUCAGAAUCGUGUCCAUUCUCCAGAGAAUGUUGUGUUUGGCUUUAGAGGCGGAUCGCUCUCCUGCAAUAAGCUCACACAAGUUGUCUCAGGAGCUCUUUUUCACACUCAUCAGCAUCAAGCCCCGACGAGCACACAGGUCACUGCUGCUGGACAGCCUGCAGAGUAACCUGCUGAGAUGGAAGCUGCUGGAACAACUUUUGGACGAUGCAUGCCCACUGAAAACACCUGUGCCCAUGUCGCUCGGUCGCAUCCUGCACUUUUUGGAGAACUGCACACUGGUUCCAGACCCGACGGACGAUGGCAUACGUUGGAAGAAAUGGGAGGAGUUGGUUAAACACCUCUGGAUGUUGCUCGUCAGCUGCAACACAACAAUGAAAGGAUUUCUGCACAACCCAGCCAGCAAGCAAAAAAGACAGCCAGGCUUCUUUGUCGACAAGAAGGAUGAUAAGCUAACAAAAGCAGACAUUUGUAAAUCCGUGGGGGCCUUUCUGUCCAGAUCUCAGGCAGACGUCGGCCAAGCGUUGCCUUUACACGUGGAAGAGUCCCUCACUUAUUUACAGGAUUUCCUUCUUGAUUUCUGUGAAGGUUAAAUGAGGGGAAAACAGUUGGCACUUGUUGAAUAUUGCACGCUAUGUAAAAUAGGUCUUUUUAGAACUACAAACAAAUGAUUGCUUAUACGCAUGUAUAUAACGUGGAAAGAUUUGUUCUGUAUUUACAUAUAUUGAUCAUUUUAUUUUUUUAAUUGGGCACAGUGUACAUUCUUGAACAUUUUUGCCUGACAGUGUUGACUGAAUUACAAAGAUUAAUCAAA